UUUGUGAGGUCCGAACCAGCCGGAAGUGAUGUUGCUAGGACACAGUAAUAAACAUAGAGUAACUGCAAGUUGUUGGCUUCGCUACUGAACGGACUUCUCCAUCUUCAAUAAAUAUGCAGGCACCGACUUAGAUCAAAGGAGUCCUGCCGGACGUCUGGAUGGAACAACGGCAGCAAUGUAUACAAGAAUACCACCUCAAUAAUUCCCUGAGGAGUAAAGACAUCAAUCAAAGGCCAUUUGUACUCACUGCGGAGCAAAGCCAAAAGAUGAUUUUCAAAGAAGUUCAAACGUAAAACAACAAUUUGUUGCAUCAAAUGUUUUAAUCUUGCUAAAAUGGAAGAGAUUGCAGUCAAAGUCGCUGUACGGAUUCGACCCCUGCUUCCAAAAGAAAUCCUCCACAACCAUCAAGUUUGUGUUCGGGUUGUCCCCAACACACAGCAAGUUGUGAUUGGGAAAGAUCGUGCUUUUACAUUUGAUUUUGUAUUUGGACAAAAAUCAUCCCAAGAAGACAUAUAUUCUGCCUGCGUAAAACCUUUAGUGAUAUCCGUAAUUGAAGGUUAUAAUGCCACUGUCUUUGCUUACGGACAAACAGGAUCUGGAAAAACAUAUACAAUUGGUGGAGGACAUAUAGCUUCAUUUUCUGAUGAGUUGAAAGGCAUUAUUCCACGUGCCAUUCACGAGAUCUUCCAGAACAUCACUGAAAAUCACAAUGUAGACUUUGAUGUUAAAGUGUCCUAUAUUGAAGUGUAUAAAGAAGAGCUAAGAGACCUUUUGGAGUUACAGAGCACCAGCAAAGACAUUCAUAUCAGAGAAGAUGAAAAAGGAAACACAGUGAUUAUUGGGGCGAAGGAGUGUGAAGUUGAGACACCGGAUGAAAUGAUGAGUCUGUUGGAGGCUGGCAAUGCAGCUCGACACACAGGUACCACACAGAUGAAUGAGCACUCCAGCCGGUCACAUGCCAUUUUCACAAUGUACCUCAAUCAAAAACGGCCUAAAAAUGAGCAGCAAUCAAAUACUGAUGAGGAGCACAUUAUAAAAGAAUCAAUAAGGUCAUUUCAACUGAUUUCUUCUAAAUUUUGCUUUGUCGAUCUAGCUGGUUCUGAAAGGGUUACUAAAACAGGAAACACAGGUGAACGAUUUAAGGAAUCAAUUCAAAUAAACAGUGGUCUUCUGGCACUUGGGAAUGUGAUCAGCGCUCUUGGAGACCCAAAGAGAAAAAGUAUACACAUUCCAUACAGGGAUACUAAGAUAACACGCUUGUUGAAAGACUCUCUUGGAGGAAAUGCUAAAACUGUGAUGAUUGCAUGCAUUAGCCCCUCAUCAUCUAGUUUUGAUGAAUCCCUGAACACUCUGAAAUAUGCCAAUCGAGCCAAGGACAUAAGAAACAAACCUAUUGUAAAUUAUAACCCAGACUGGGAUCGGAUAGAUGAAAUGGAAUUACAAAUCAAAACACUCCGGGAGGCACUGCAGAAUCAACAGACAAGCCUUCUGACUCGUGCUAGUCAGGUUUCUCAGGAUUUGUUUCAAGACAAAAAACGGAUCCAUUCUCUGGAGGAGCAGGUUGCCCAUCUACAAAUGGAAAGCUAUCACUAUAAACAUUGCAUUGAUGAAGCAUUACACUUCUUCUUGGAAUUUAGAGAUGAAAACAGUUUGAAAGAAAACCAAUGGCAAAAGCUGAAGGAGUGGUUCAACAUGGUAGAGGAACUGCAAAAUGAAUUACCUGACCUGUUUGGCACUGAUAGUGGAGUUGGAAGUGGAGGACAGGACUCUCAUCACAUUACGAUAUUUCAACUGAAAAGAGAGCUGAAGAAAUGCCAGGAUGCUCUGGCCACAGAUGAGGAAUUAUUCGGUUUAAAAGCAGCUGAGCUGAAGGAUGCACUCGGGCACAUACAAGCUUUAGAACAGGAAAAGGAAGAAUAUUUGGCAGCUUUGACAGAAUCCCAAGAAAGAUGUCGCAUUCAAAAUGACAAAAUAGUUGAACAACAACUUGUUAUGGAUCAACUCCAAGAAGAAUUACAGCUCCUUAAAACUGAAAAAGUUUCAAUUCAUAGCAGAGGUUCCGAGGAAGUACCUUUAGCUGUGACCACAGCAAGAAGACCACACAGUGUACCAUUAUUAAAGAUUCAUCUUAAGUCUUUCAAUGUAAUACAGUCCAAUCAAGCUACUCCCUGUACAGAUUCUAGGAAGGUGCACACAAGCCCCCCUUCAUAUGCUCUUGAUAGAGUUGUGGCAAGUUUUCGAACACGCAGUCAGAUGUUAGUUGAUCACCUUGAAGAGCAUGAUGAGGUUAUUCGUCACAAAUUAGAUGACGAUAGUGACGAUGAGGAAGUAGGAAAGAAGAAAGAAAACAUAAAUAUACAGCUUCCAAGGCACCCAAUAAAUCAGACUUGGACUCAGAAACAAGCCAAUGUGAUUAACGACACAAAGUUAUUAAAAAAAAAUUUCACGAUGGACAAUCAAGGACAAGGUGACAACAAAACAGAAUUGGACUCAGAGAAAGCUCCACAACUGAAAUCCUCCUCUGAGGCUGACCGCUUACGUCAGAGCCAAGUGUUAAACAUGAAGAAAUUGAAGACUGCAGACAUGGAUGUGGCGCAUUCCAAGCAGAAAAUAAGGGAACUUGCCAUCAAUAUUCGUAUGAAGGAAGAACUCAUUAAAGAAUUGGUUAAAACAGGUCAGGAUGCCCAAGCUGUAAACCGACAGUAUUACCAAAAGAUCACUCAAUUAGAGCAAGAAGCUGAGCAAGCCAAGACUGAGCUGUCAGAAGCUCAAAAACAAUUACAGGAACUGGAGAACAAGGAACUUCGGGAUGCCGCAGAGAAAAUAAAGCUACAAAAAGAAUUCCGCAAGAAAAUGGAAACAGCCAAAGUUAAAAUGCAGACCCUGCAGAGGAAACAGCAGGAAACAAGGAAGUUGUUUUCUUUAUCAGCGCAGAGUGAGAAGCGUUUGGUCCAGCUGAGCCAGAAUGUCGAAAACAUGAAACAACAGCAACAACUGCUUCACAAGAAACUGCAAGAAGAAAGCGAGAAAAAACGAAAACUGGAAAAUGAGAUUCAAAGAGAUCAGCAACUAAUUAAAGAGUUGGAACUAAAGCGAGAACAACAGCAGAAAAUUCUGAAAAAGAAAGCUGGAGAGAUUACCCAUCUGAAGAAAACAAAGUGCUCCCCUAUCAUCUCACAGGAACAGCAGAGGAUUGAUGAACAACGCAAAUGGUUAGAUGAGGAGGUGGAGAAAAUUCUGCAGCAGAGACAAGCUCUAGCUGAGUUGGAAGAAGACUUGAGAAAAAGGGAAGUUAUUGUAGACAAAAAAGAGGCACUAUUAAAGGAGAAAAACCAAUUGGAAAUGAAAAGGUUACGCUCCAGUCAGGCUUUGAACAAAGACAUUUUAAAUUUAUCCACUCGUUUAAACACAAUAGAAAGAGAAUUAUCAGACAAAAGCACUCAACUUCAGAACAGUACUACAGAAGAAAGAAAAACCAUUUCACAAGAGAUGCAAGUACUUCAACGGGAAAGAGCUCAACUGCUGAAAAGAAGACACUAUCUGGAUGAAAAAUUAGAGCUUGGAAAUGUUCUGUCACCCGAGGAAGAGCGAAUACUCUUCCAGUUGGAGGAAGGCAUUGAAGCUCUGGAUGCUGCCAUAGAAUACAAAAAUGAAACUAUUAACUGUCGCCAACAUUCAUUGAGGGCCUCAGAUGGUAGCCUUACCCAAAAUGAGGCAAAUGUAAUGUUUAGACUGGGUGCUUUAUCGGCUGCUGAGACAAGAGUCCUUCUAUGCAGAUACUUUAAUAAGGUGGUUAGCCUACGUGAGACUGAACGCACUUUGCAGGUGCAAUGUGCAGAAAUGUCUGUGAAGAUAACUGAACAAGAGAAUGUAGUCCAUGAAUUAGAAUCUGCAGUGGAACGUUUAUCAAUGGAGAUAGACAGACGGCUAACUCUGCAACAGAAGGAGCAUGAACAGAAGAUGCAGUUGGUCUUACAGUACUUUAAAGACAGAAGUGGUGAUGGACCUGCAGAUGGCAUUAAGGCAUAUGAAUCAAAAAUUCAACAACUGGAGAAGGACCUGUAUUUCUACAAAAAAACAAGCAGAGAAUUAAAGAAAAAACUGAGGGAAUUGGUCGAAUCGUUAAACCAGAAUCAGCACAUGGCAGCUUCAAAAAAUAAUGGUACUGGUAAUACAGUGUUAAGCUCAGGAGGAGCAGAAGUUUAUAUAAAGGAACAAAAAUGGGCUUCAAGACCAUCUAAAAAUGAUGAAGAAGAAAAUACCAGUCCUCCAGCCAUACCUGGAAUACACAAAAAUCAGAAAUCAUUGGAAGAAAUUUCUGAAAUGGCAAAUGUCUCCACAAAAAUGACACAUGAGCAAGAGUAUUCAUUCAGUUCAGAAACGACAGAUGAAGCACAGCUAUCAAACGCCCUCACUUCAUCUUUCAAGCCUUCUCGGUUAAUUGAGAAGACAUCACAGCUUCAUGUCAUUACUCCUGUAAGAUUAUCCCGCAAAGAGCUGCGGCAGAUUACUGCAACACAAGUGUCCAUGAGACGCCCGAGUUUCAGUAACAGCGUAAACUCUAUCCCUACAGAUUCUACUGAAAUAAACAGGAAAUCAGUGGACUUCAAUAAGUAGCAUAAAAUUUGCUUGUUAUGAAUUUUGCAAUAUUCUUACACUGGAACCAAAUGAGCUAAUUCCUGAUUUAGCUGGGAAAAUCUGGUUUAAGGAUGUGGGCUUGCAAUAGAAAGUGGUAUUGUUCCAAAUGAAUUCUGUUGAGAAACACCCACAUCCAACAGUAUAUUCCUCCAGUUAACUGAACAGAGAUGAUCAGUUCUCCAAUCUGUAAAGACUAAAGGGGAAAAAAUCUAGUCUUGCAGUUCUGCUUCUAACAUUUUCAUAUUGAAUUAUCAGAAAACUGCAGUAUACUACACAUAUCUCUGAAUUAAAGACUAGAAUGCACAAAUAUUACUUGGAGUGAACUAUGGAAAACACAGUUGGAGUAAAACUAUAGCACAUGAUGGUUACUUACUAAACUGAACUGGGCCACCAAAGACCACUCAUUUCUACCCUAAUAACAAUACCUCAUCUCAUCUGCAACUGACACCCAUGUAUUUUGUUACCUCUAGACUUAACUAUUCCAAUGCACUCUUGACCAGCCUCAUGUUCUACACUCAUAAAGUUGAGGUUAUCCAAAAUGCAGAAGACCAUGACCUAACUUGUGCCACAUCCUAGCCACCAAUCAUCCCAGUGCUUGUUGAUCUACAUUAGCUAAGCAAUGUGUUAAUUUCUGGUGUUGGUUUUCAAAUCUCCCCUGGCCUACUUGCUUCCUUUUUCUGAAUCAUCCUGCAGCCUAUAACUCUCUGUAAUAUCUGCAUUCCUGCAAGUCUGGACUUAUGAGCAUCUCCAAUUUCAAAUGCUUCACCAUUGAUGAGUGUACCUUCAGCUCCCAAAACGUUCAUUGUGGAAUUUUCUCGCUAAGCCUCUCCUCCUGUCUUCCCUGCUUAAAACCACUCCCUGGCCUAAGAUUUCUUGGAAUCAAUUUCAAAUUUGUUUAUAAUCCUGCUGUGAAAGGCAUGGAGGCAUUUUAGUAUAUUAAAGAUGCUAAACAAGUUGUUGUUUCUUUGGGGAAAUUGAAAAUAAUAUAAUUUGCACAAUAAAAGAAUCCCUCUGUAGCUUUUCAUCAUUUAAAGAAAAACAGAACCUGAAACAGCUUGAUUAACUUUAAAAGUGCAGAAUUUCAUUUUAACAAUCACCUUAGAUUAUGCUUAAAUGUCUGUGAAUAAUGAGUAGAUUAGUGGAUGGGUUAAUGCAUUUCAGAAGCUCUGUUUAAUGGUCACUCAGCAUAACUUCUCAACAUCUUGUGUUUUAAAAAUGCCAGUGCUGAACUUAAUACCCCAAGCACUCUACUACUUGAAAUUGUGUCAUCUGCACCAGGUUGAAUCCAAGAACCAUUACAUGCGAUAAUAAAGUUAACAUGGCUUAAUUGAUAGAAUAUUUCCCUCACUUUAGAGGGUUUUUUUUUAAAUUUGCACUGCUUGGGAUCUACCCCAGUAGAAUAGAUUACCCAUCCAUUCUUGAAACUUCCUAAUUUUAAUUUUCAUUUAAUUAGAUGGUCUGUGUUAUGACCGUGCAAACAGAAUGCCACUUUGUUGAUGAACAAAUGAAACUUCUAAAAGAUUGUGCACUCAAGCCUCAUUCCAGAACAUGAACUUAGUACUGAUCAGUAUCAGUGUUGCAGUCUUUUGAAUGAAACGUAAAAAUGAAACCACAUAUGAUUGUUCAAAUAAAUGUUUUGAAGGUCCCAUGGCACCAUUGGACAGUGAGACCAGGGAUGCUUCUGAUGUACUGGCUAUUCUUCCCAUACAAACAUCACUAAAAAUGAUCUGAUUGGCCAUUUAUGUUGUUUGGUGUUAGGCAGAAAUUAGUUUUUGCAUUUGUCUCUCCAUUACACGUCAAAAGGAAUUUAUUUGUUUAACUUGUUCAUUUUCCUUUAACUAAUUUUUUGCCCCCUAACAAACUUGCAUUAUAGCCAUUAUAAGCCAAUUUGAUAUAAGGUAUUUUAAUUAGAUUCCAACUUGUAAGUUCAGAUUCAAAUCCAUUCCAAACAUGUGAGAUGAAUAUAUCCUUUUUACUGGGCCAGAUGCAAUGAGUUUGAAAACAAUUAUUUUAGUUCUACUAAGCAUAGGUCUAUACCAUAUAAUGCCCUGAACUUGAUGCUAAUUGGUAGUUUUGCUCAGUUGUUGAUAAUGGAAAAAAUUGAUACAUUGGUACAGCAGGGGUGCUGAUCUGAGGUUGUGGCUGAGGCUUUUCAUUAGGAUUGAGUAGAAAGAGCUUUACUCACCAUUAAAUUGGAUAUUGCUAAAUCUGGCCCCAAGCGUGUUUGAUGACAGCACUAGUCGGCUCCCUCGAAUCAACAUUCCUCACCUUGUGUACAGAACGUAUUUGCUACUUACUGUUGAAUUUUUCCACAUAAUUCUAGUGAGAAGUGUAAAUUCAAGUACAGAUUUUACUUGAUGAAAAACAUUUGUGUCAUCAAGUGUUCUUAAUCAGAUGACAAUACUGUUAUUUUGCAGAUGUGCAGUUCAUGUUAUUCUGGCAAUCCAAAUGUGUUCCAUUUCUGUUCCAAUGGUGUCAUGGUCCAAUUUUAUUCAGUGUUCUACAUGUCUUGUUCUUUUUUGUACUUUAAGGAGGGUGUUUUAGUAUUCCAGUUAAAUGGAUUAUUUUUGUAGAAGCAUUUUAUAUGAUUACACUUGUUAAUUUUAUUUAAAGGAAAUUUUGUAUUUGUGUAAAAAUAAAAGAAUGUAAGAUUCUCUUGCUGAAAUAAAUCAAUAUUUUCAGUAAAUGCAGUCAAUACCAGGAUCCUUUAAAAAUAUUAGCAACUAUUAUGGUUGAAAAUAAUUUUAAAUAAAAGUCAAUAAUGUGAAUAAUAAUAGUUAUUUAUAAUUCAAAUGUGUCUUGAUGAUGAAAUUCUUUCAAACAUUUUCAGAAUUUGGGCCAAUUUGUGCUGAGUUGUUAGCAGCCAUAUGGAUUCCAAAUCAAAUCUAGAUGUUAUUUUUGUUCCCUUCAUUUUACACCAAAUUCAAAAUGUAUUUUUGUACUUACUGACUGAGCAUUCUAAUUAUCCCAGAAAAUGCUGAACAUGACUGAAUCCCAAAAUCCCUCAACAGUGUUUCUACAGAAUUUUUCACAUCACUGACAUCUUUAUUUUCUGCUUUCGUAUAAAAAGAUAAACAGAUCACUGCUACAGUAUAAACUUGAUUUGCAACAUUUCAGUUAAUCCGUUAGUUAUGAGAAAAACUUCAUGCCUGAUGCAUUUGGAACUGUUUCUUUCUGAAUUUCUCUAACAUUCUUUCAUAAUUAUAUCUAUGUAAACAGACUGAACAGUAAAGAUUAUAUAGACAUUUCAUCCUAAAUCUCAACUUCACUAGCCAAGUCAUUUCUCAAUCUUAUUCUUUGGCAAAUUCAUUGAUUUCUUUGUUCCAAACAUCAAAAUAAUCUGUGCAGCUGCCGUCAUGGCUUCCUAUCAUAUUCUGACACUAGUCUCCCCCGAAUCCAACUUUGUCAAGAUUCCUGUAUUUUUACAAAUUUUCAAAUCCCCUGUUUAAUAUCACUCAUAAUAUCCACCUUUCCUCUCAACUCAAUUUCCCUUCCUGAUCCCAUAUAAGCUAAGAAUAUCUACAACUCAUUCCUCAGGCAUAGUCUGUUCAAACCAUUAACAUCAUUCCUUCAGAAAGACCUAUCAUAAGAAAUAGGAGCAGGAGUAGACCAUCUGGCCUGUCGAGCCUGCUCUGCUAUUCAAUAAUAUCAUGGCUGAUCUUUUCAUGGACUCAGCUCCACUUACCUGCCCAAUCACCAUUACCCUUAGUUCGUUUACUGUUCAAAUGUUUACUAAUUUUUCCAAUUUCCCUUCAUUGUCUGGGAGAUAAGACUUAACUCCAUGCCUAAGACUACUAAAUCUUCCUAUCUUUCUAACAAUACCAAAGCAGCCCGGUGCAAAGAAAUGAGUGACAUGCUUCAAUCUAUUAACCUUCCUUGUUCUCAACCUCUCUGCAAUGUGUUAUAUAGUUGCUAUCCUUGUCCAACAUUAGUCAAAGGCAGUCAGUCUGUCUGAAACAAGGCCUUUUCUUUGCUGUCAAAAUUGUUACUAAAGUAACACAGUAUUACUAAAAUGUAAAUGUAUGCUUUAGUUUGUAGUCGUUGAACUCCAAUUUUUAAAACUCAUAAAUCAUGGCUUUCUUUGCGAUUACCCUCAUAAAAUGGUAACCUUGGCCUGGAUUUUUGCCCUCAAGUCAGGUGCAUGAAGUGGGAAAUUACCCUACUCACUCCAGUCUUAAUUGCAGGAGACAAGUGCAGACUGGGACUUUAUUAUAGAGAUAGCAGGAACUGCAGAUGCUGGAGAAUCUGAGAUAACAAGGUGUAG